AUGAGUCUAAAAAGGCCAUCGGAGCUCUAUAAACACCUAAGAGUUUCCAAGAGAUAUAUCCUGGGGAAAUCCCAUGAUGACAUAGUGACAUCGCUCCCAAAAGAUGAAGAUGCCCCCGAGCUAGAGUCACGACUUCAAUUCCAUAAGCAAUUUAUGAUAGGAGCGCAAAGUAACAGAGCGGGGUUAGGAUCAAAUAGGAAAGUCCAAGAUGCGGAUAUAUUGAAGUCUUUUAUUCGGCAAGACGAGAAUGAUAAAACAAGAUCCAUGCAAUGA